UUAAAUGUAGGGUUUUGGAUAAAAAAGCAAGCUUGCUUGGUUUCGAAUUACAGAGCUCGUUUUCUUUAUCAAUCGCACAUCGCCGCUUUCUUCGAGUUGAAGGGAAGCUCUGUGGCUUGCGUUAGCGAGACUAUCACUGGCUUGCCUUAUUGGUUGCAGUAGCAGCUGUUAAGCUCCAGUCAAAAGCACCACCACCGGCGCAAUCAACCAUGACAUUCAAGAGAAGAAAUGGCGGCCGCAACAAGCAUGGUCGUGGUCAUGUCAAGUUCAUUCGCUGCUCUAACUGUGGCAAAUGCUGCCCUAAGGAUAAAGCCAUCAAGAGAUUUCUUGUGAGGAACAUUGUUGAGCAAGCUGCAGUUAGGGAUGUCCAGGAUUCUUGUGUUUAUGAUGGAUAUGUUCUUCCUAAGCUGUAUGUGAAGAUGCAGUACUGUGUUUCAUGUGCUAUUCACUCCAGAGUUGUUAGGGUUCGUUCUCGCACUGCGCGAAGGAACCGUGAGCCACCACAGCGCUUUCUCAGGCGCAGGGAUGACCUGCCAAAGCCUGCACAGCCAGGUCAGCCUGGUCAAGGAACUCGUCCUGCAGGUGCUGGGGUUGCUGCUAGGACCUAAGUGUCCAAUUUUUUCUGCUUUAUGUUUUGUUUUGGAGAUGCUACGUCAAUUUUCUAAGGAAUGUUUAGCGUUUUCAAUCUUUGAAAUUAGACCUGUUAAGACAUACCAAGGAUUAUAUAUGUUAUAUCGAAAGUUUGACCCAUGAGAGUGCAUUAAUGACGUCACUUCAGUUUCUAUUUUAUGCCAUGAUUUCAAUCUGUACUCUGUACAAGCUUUAUUUUAUAUUUUUAUAUUUGAAGUUUGUCCUUC